CUAAGUAGCUGACUUACACCAGCUCGUUGGCAUCUCUGUGUUCAUCCCUAGAAUGAGCCUGAAAGCUGUAAACACAGAAAAUGUCAGUGACGACGUGGUCUCAGAAAGCUCUGGAUUGCCUCUUGUGUCUCCUGAGGCCUUGAAGUCUUCCAUCCUCUGCCCAUCACAGAAAGAAAAUGUGCCACCGAAGGGGAUAGUGAAGCCAAGGAAGGUAACUUUCCAGUCCCCUAUGCGGGAUCCGCAGACUCACAGAAUCUUGAGUCCAGAUAGAAGGAAGAAACCUGAGAGGCCCUUCCUCCUGGGUGGCUCCACAGAGGUUCCAGAGGACUCUGCCUUGCCUGCAUCUGGUGCUGUGAGCCAGCAGCUGGUUGCGGCAGAUACCGAAGUGGCAGAAAAGGGACGAGAGGCUGAAGGAAAGGUCAGUCCCGGUCCUCUAGAUGAUGUCCCACCAGCAGAAAGUGUUCCUGAUGUGGCUUCAUCCGUCAAGAGUUCUGAUGGCCUUCUCAGCCCCCGCAAAGGUCAGGGAACGUCCUCCGUGGCGGAUUUUCCUGGUGGGGAAGCAUUUGAUGUGCUCCUUGGUGCCCCUUGCAUGCCUUGGACUGCUGCUGAGAACCCUCUGUCAGUGGCAACGGCUACUGGGCCUUCCGCCUUGGCCUCAUGGCUGGCUGGUGAUGCCUCCAAGCGAAUUCUGGGAUCUGAUAAGGCUGCAAAAUUGGCUUCCGAAUCGAACACGCAGAGUCCUUCUGUGCCGCAUGCACAAGGAUCUUGUCCUUUUGAGGAUCUCGGCUGUGGUGACAUAAAGGAGAAGGCGGAAGAGAACACCGCUGGAGCUGGAAAGAGUUCUGCCCCCGAAGUGCCUUACAGCUUUGACUGCAACGAUCCUAAUUUCAACCCGUUUGAAGGUGGUUCCGAUAUACAGAAUUCCCUCCGGUCUGUGCCCACCACUGAGAGAGGCAAUGAUGAAGCGGAUCCUUCUGUAAUGUCCCAGCACAACCCAACAGAUGAACCUGCAGUAACAGAAGCAGCCUCCAGAAAACCGAAAGAGCUUGUUGAUCAGAGUGUAGCUGAAGGUCGUGUGGCUCCAGCGACAUUUGAUGCCGCACCUCCAGACUCAGUGACGUUGCUCGGAGAUGGCCUCCCGCUCCAGUUCCCCUGCGGAAGGACUGAAGCAGCAGCGACGGAAAGCAGCCAGAUGGACGUGGAAGAGGAGGCGUUCAGAUCACCCACGGAAGUUUUCGGAACGGACAUGGAGGUGGACUAUCUGGAGCAAUUUGGAACAUCCUCCUUCAAGGGAUCUGUCCUGAGAAAGCAGUCUCUGUACCUGAAGUUUGACCCUUUGCUCAGCGAAAGUCCCCGGAAAAGUGGACCUGGUGCCCAUGCAGCCACGCCUGCUGCUCUUCUCUCGCUGUGUCAGAACGGCAGACAGUCCGCAAAAAUAGCACCUCUGGUGGUAAAGCCAGUAGAACCCGAAGAAAAGUCAGAGGGAACAGAUCUUCUCGGCCCCUUCACGGAUCUGCCUGUUACCGAAGCGCUGAUAUACAGCCAGAGAGACCUAGACGCUGCCAUAGAAAAGGUCAAAGAGCAACUCGCCUCCGAGGUGCAAGAACUGCGGCAGGAAGCGUUGGAAUGGAAGGAGAAGCGCGACAAAAAGUGUGUGGAGAUGAGAAAGCUCUGUGAUGAAUUUGAAGAUGUCGCAAUACGAAUGAUGGAGGCUUCCCAGAAGGAAAAAGAGGAGAAACAGCAAGCUGUGUCUGCUCUGAACUCCAUGGAGAAAUCUUUUGCUGACCUCUAUAAAAGGUUUGAAAAGCAGAAGGAAGCCAUAGUAGGACUUCUGAAGAACGAAGAGGCUCUGAAGAAGCACGCGGAGGAGUGCAUGGCGAGGAUCGCGACGGAGGAGCAGCGGUACCAGGCCCUGAAGGUGCACACCACGGAGAAGCUCGCCCAGGCGAGCGAAGAGAUUGGCCGAGUGAGAAACCAGGCCAAGACGGAACUGACGGUGCUCCGGGCCAGCUUGCGCAAGGAGCAGAUGCGCACCCAGUCGCUCGAGCAAAGCGUCGCACUGAAGGUGAAGGAAAACGAAGAACUCACCAAAAUCUGCAAUGACUUGAUUUCUAAGGUGGAAAACAUAGGUGCCUCAUCCUAUCAUCUGGAGAUGUCCAGUAGUACGGAGUAAUUAGUAAAUUUAGCAUGCACUGGUUUGACUAAUAGUUAUUGUUAAUAAGAUGGAAAUAGUCCUGCAUUUUCGUAGCAGCUUCUCUAUCCAAAAGGCAAAGGAAGCAUGCGUGGUUGUGGGGAGCCAGAGGAUGGCGGCCGGGACAAGUGCUCCCACCGUCCCUCCUGCUUGCUCCCAACACUGGCAGAGGCAGGUGAACCCUUAAUUUUCUAAAUAAAACUGCAUAUAUAUCGCC